AUGGCGGGCGCGGGCGCGAAGCGGCGCUCGGUGGCCACCGCGGCGGCAGAGGAGGAGGAGCAGCAGGCGCGAGAGAAGAUGCUGGCGGCGCGGCGCGCGGACCCCGCUGGCCAGGGCCAGGGCGAGGGCGAGGGCGAGGGCGUGACCCUGCAGCGGAACAUCACCCUGCUCAACGGCGUGGCUAUCAUCGUGGGCACCAUCAUCGGCUCGGGCAUCUUCGUGACCCCCACGGGCGUGCUCAAGGAGGCGGGCUCGCCGGGCCUGGCGCUGGUGGUGUGGGCCGUGUGCGGGGUCUUCUCCAUCGUGGGCGCUCUCUGCUAUGCCGAGCUGGGCACCACCAUCACCAAGUCGGGCGGCGACUACGCCUACAUGCUGGAGGUGUACGGCUCGCUGCCCGCCUUCCUCAAGCUCUGGAUCGAGCUGCUCAUCAUCCGGCCCUCCUCGCAGUACAUCGUGGCGCUGGUCUUCGCCACCUACCUGCUCAAGCCGGUCUUCCCCACCUGCCCGGUGCCCGAGGAGGCCGCCAAGCUCGUGGCCUGCCUCUGCGUGCUGCUGCUCACCGCCGUGAACUGCUACAGCGUGAAGGCCGCCACCCGCGUGCAGGACGCCUUUGCAGCUGCCAAGCUCCUGGCACUGGCUCUGAUCAUCCUGCUCGGCUUCAUCCAGAUCGCAAAGGGUGACGUGUCCAACCUAGACCCCAAGUUCUCCUUCGAAGGCACCCACCUGGAUGUGGGGAACAUCGUGCUGGCCUUGUACAGUGGCCUCUUUGCCUAUGGAGGAUGGAAUUACCUGAAUUUUGUCACAGAGGAGAUGAUCAAUCCCUACAGAAACCUGCCGCUGGCCAUCAGCAUCUCGCUGCCCAUCGUCACCCUGGUGUACGUGCUGACAAACCUGGCCUACUUCACCACCCUGUCCACAGAGCAGAUGCUGUCGUCCGAGGCCGUGGCUGUGGACUUCGGCAACUACCACCUGGGAGUCAUGUCCUGGAUCAUCCCGGUCUUCGUGGGCUUGUCCUGCUUCGGCUCGGUCAAUGGCUCCCUGUUCACGUCCUCGAGGCUGUUCUUCGUGGGGUCCCGGGAGGGCCACCUGCCCUCAGUGCUCUCCAUGAUCCACCCAGACCUCCUGACGCCCAUGCCGUCCCUCGUGUUCACGUGCAUCAUGACCCUGCUCUACGCCUUCUCCAACGACAUCUUCUCUGUCAUCAACUUAUUCAGCUUCUUCAACUGGCUGUGUGUGGCACUGGCCAUCAUCGGCAUGAUCUGGCUCCGCUUCAAGAAGCCAGAGCUGGAGCGGCCCAUCAAGGUGAGCCUGGCGCUGCCGGUGUUCUUCACCCUGGCCUGCCUGUUCCUCAUCGCCGUGUCCUUCUGGAAGACGCCCGUGGAGUGCGCCAUUGGCUUCACCAUCAUCCUCAGCGGGCUGCCCGUCUACUUCUUUGGGGUCUGGUGGAAGAACAAGCCCAAGUGGCUCCUGCAGGCAAUCUAUUCCACCACCGUCCUGUGCCAGAAGCUCCUGCAUGUGGUCCCUCAGGAGACCUAGCCCGAUGCCCGGGAGCCGAGCCGCUACUGCCCGCGAGCGAGCGAGCAGAGCGCACAGCGCCUUGCCAGGUCACACGCCCCUGAAAAGCAGCUUCCGGCCCUGCCCUCCCACAGCUGUGCCGGCACUGCCAGGCGCCCAGCCCCCUUGUCCCUGCGCGGGUGGGGGGCGGCACCGGGGGGACUGCAACUCCGGUACGAAUUCAGUCCUGGCAGGUGAACGCCUGCCCGUGGCUCCCUGGGGACAGGGCUCCCUGUCACCUCAGGCUGCUCCCUCCCCCUUCUUUCCAGUUUUCUCUUAUUUUAAAUUCCUUCGGGGUCGUGUUGACACCACUGAGAUGAUUAUCGCUUAAAGAAACGGGGCAGAGGCGAGGAGGUGGUGUUUUCUCACCUAAUGCUGUCUGCAGCGCAGCAGCCUCGAAGGGACCCAACUGCUGUCACAGGGUGUGUGGAACUACUGAAUUUGGACGUCACUGUCGUGACCACGAAUUGCACUGACAGACAGCCCCACUGUGUGGCCGGGGUGACCUGGUGUGCUAGGCACAUGAUCACACUGAGCCCCCCAGCCCGGAGGAGAGAUGUUUCACUCAGGCAGGUGGCGGGGACUUUGAAACACCCCUGUGCCAUGCUCUGGGGCUCUGCCUUGGCUGGAGACCACUGCCGCCCAAGGGGAGGGGGGCGCCCAGCUGCAGCUGCAGGGACCACUGUGCAGGAAGUAGUGUGUCAGGGCACUUUGCGGUGGGCGGGGCAUGGACAGGUCCCGGGGCCUCCUCCAGCGGGGCUCCCUGAGACCAAGGACCAGCCUGGGGACCCCACCUCGCAGGGUGGGGCAGCUCAGGGUCCGCGGUGCUGGCUUGCCCUGCCUGCCCUCCACACUCGGGGAGACCCCUGGCUCUGUGCCCAGCCCACCUGGAAGCCCCUUGCUGCCACCACACUCGGCCCACUGGCUCAGGGUUCUGGUCCGUGGGGUGGUUCUAUUUCAAAGCAUCUCGUUCAGUCCUUUGCUUUUUAUUUUGUCCUACCAUCUUACCACUGGGCGGGUACUGUGGGCGUCAGGUUUAUUUACUCCCAUGGCCAGCGCUUAGCCUCGCUGACUUCACGGCGGGUGUGGCGGCCACACUGCACUGUCCCUGUGACCUGCGGAGUGUGAGGCAUGUGGCUGGGCGUCUUUCUUGUGUUCGUGGCUAACCUGUUACACUAGGCUUGUUAGGGUGGGUAGUGCUGUUGUAUUGUGGGGUUUUGGUAUUUUGUUUUGUUAUUUUUUAAUAAAAAGCAGUUGGAAUUCUGA